GAUAAAAAACUGUAUAUACAUUUAUCUCAGUUGUUCUUUUGGCUCUCUGCCAAAACACAACAACUGCAUCCUCAAUGACUCAUUAACACGCAUUUCCCUCCUCAUUCGUGGUUCCGUUACUUUUGUUUUGUUUUGUUUUGAGUUUCCGAGGUCACACUAACAUGGCCUGCACCGAAAACAGACAACCGAAGGUUUCUGCUUUCCUCUGUUUCACUUUCACAUUCAUCUGUGCGACUGUUUUGUUUAGUUGCGACCGGGUGUGGGGGCAGACAUCAGCGCCUGUUUUUGCCUGCGAUGUUGCCAAGAACCCUGCCUUGGCCGGUUACGGAUUCUGCGACAAGUCACUGUCGGUGGAGGAGAGGGUGGCUGACUUGGUGAAGAGGUUGACAUUGCAAGAGAAGAUAGGGAAUCUCGUGAAUUCCGCGGUGAAUGUGAGUAGGCUCGGGAUUCCCAAGUAUCAGUGGUGGUCUGAGGCACUUCAUGGGGUCUCCAACGUUGGACCUGGGACAAGGUUUUCCAGUGUUGUUCCUGCUGCCACCAGCUUCCCCAUGCCCAUUCUCACCGCGGCUUCUUUCAACUCUUCAUUGUUUCAGGCCAUUGGAAGAGUGGUUUCAACGGAAGCCAGAGCAAUGUACAAUGUGGGGUUGGCGGGUUUGACUUAUUGGUCGCCAAACAUAAACAUAUUUAGGGAUCCAAGAUGGGGAAGAGGACAAGAGACACCAGGGGAAGACCCUUUGCUAAGUAGCAAAUAUGCAACAGGAUACGUGAAAGGUCUUCAACAAACUGAUGAUGGAGACUCGAACAAGCUCAAGGUUGCUGCUUGUUGCAAACACUACACAGCCUAUGAUUUGGAUAACUGGAAAGGUGUUCAGCGUUACACCUUCAAUGCUGUGGUGACACAACAAGAUUUGGAUGACACAUUCCAACCACCUUUUAAGAGCUGUGUGAUUGAUGGAAAUGUUGCUAGUGUCAUGUGUUCCUACAACCAGGUUAAUGGAAUACCAACCUGUGCAGACCCUGACCUCCUUAAGGGGAUUAUCCGAGGCAAAUGGAAAUUAAAUGGAUAUAUAGUUUCUGACUGUGACUCGGUAGAAGUGCUUUUCAAAGAUCAGCACUAUACCAAGACUCCUGAAGAAGCUGCAGCCCAAACCAUUCAGUCAGGGUUGGAUUUGGACUGUGGAAAUUAUCUAGGCCAAUAUACAGAAGGGGCAGUGAAGCAAGGGCUUGUGGAUGAAGCAUCCAUCAACAAUGCUGUCUCCAACAAUUUCGCUACAUUGAUGCGUCUUGGUUUCUUUGAUGGUGAUCCAAGCAAGCAGCCUUAUGGAAACCUUGGUCCAACGGAUGUAUGCACUUCAGCGAACCAGGAACUCGCUCGUGAAGCUGCAAGGCAAGGGAUUGUGUUGCUUAAAAAUAGUCCAGGAUCAUUGCCUUUCAAUGCCAAAGCCAUUAAAUCAUUGGCAGUCAUAGGGCCCAAUGCUAAUGCUACCAGGGUCAUGAUUGGAAACUAUGAAGGCAUUCCUUGUAAAUAUACAUCACCUUUGCAAGCCCUAACAGCCUUGGUUCCUACGAGCUAUGCUCCUGGCUGUCCGGAUGUGCAAUGCGCGAAUGCGCAGUUAGAUGAUGCCACAAAGAUAGCAGAGUCUGCAGAUGCAACAGUGAUUGUAGUGGGUGCAAGUCUUGCUAUAGAGGCUGAAAGUCUUGACAGAAUUAACAUUCUUCUACCAGGACAACAACAACUUCUAGUGAGUGAAGUUGCUAAUGUUUCCAAGGGACCUGUGAUUCUUGUCAUAAUGUCUGGUGGAGGCAUGGAUGUGUCCUUUGCUAAAAAUAAUGAUAAAAUCUCAAGCAUCCUAUGGGUUGGUUACCCUGGCGAAGCUGGUGGAGCUGCCAUAGCUGAUGUGAUUUUUGGCUUUUAUAAUCCCAGUGGAAGGCUACCAAUGACAUGGUAUCCACAAUCAUAUGUAGACAAGGUGCCAAUGACAAACAUGAACAUGAGGGCAGAUCCUGCUACAGGUUACCCUGGAAGAACAUAUAGAUUCUAUAAAGGUGAAACUGUUUUCUCCUUUGGAGAUGGAAUAAGCUUCUCAAGUGUUGAGCACAAAAUAGUUAAAGCACCACAGUUGGUGUCUGUUCCCCUAGCAGAGGAUCAUGAGUGCCGCUCCUCAGAAUGCAUGUCACUUGAUGUUGCUGAUGAGCAUUGCCAAAACUUGGCCUUUGAUGUUCACCUUGUGGUCAAGAACAUGGGCCAAAUGAGUAGUAGCCAUGUAGUGUUGUUGUUCUUUACUCCUCCUUCUGUGCACAAUGCCCCUCAGAAACACUUGUUGGGUUUUGAGAAAGUGCACUUGGCAGGAAAAUCAGAAGCACAGGUUAGGUUCAAAGUAGAUGUUUGCAAGGAUUUGAGUGUGGUUGAUGAGCUUGGCAACAGGAAAGUUCCACUGGGACAACAUAUGCUUCAUGUGGGAAACGUGAAGCAUCCUUUGGGUGUGAGGAUUUGAAAAAAGUCUUUAAAUCCUCUGCUCUCAUCUUUUUUUUUUUUUUUUUUUUUUUUUUUUUUUUUUUCCUCAUUUUUCCUCGUUGGUUUUCUCGGAGAAUUCUUCCAGGAGACCAGAAAUAAGUCAGAGGUAACUGUAACAAAAUUCUCUGAUUUGUAUUAUCAUAUUCAAAUCACAAAUUUGAAAUCAAAAUCAAGUUUUCAUUAGAGCCCACA